AUGACGCCGUCUAAAGCCACCAAUUCCGAGGGCGAUAUGCGAGAGGCCUGGGGAUAUCGAUUCAAAUGGACCAAAGACCACCAGACCCCAGAGCAGUACGACCAUCUAAAGCACUCCUGUGACAAACUAGGCGAGGAGUGUGCGGUGCUCCUCAAUGAAAUGUAUCCGCCUGAACGCAAGAGUCAACAAGACAAACAAGACUCCAAUCAUACAUCUCCUGACGGAGCGAAGCCUGAUAAUAAGACCCCGAAAUGGAGAGAUCUAUACGAGCUGUUCCUUGAGCAUCACGUAGAGCAUCCGAAGCUUGAGCAGCUCUGGGACGAGGUCAACACCACGCCCGAAUGGGUCGACUGGGACCAGAUCGCACGCGGCCAAGACGUCCUCUAUCGCUACGGCGGUGCUGCGUUUACUGGCCUGACAUACCAGUCCCUCGUCGGAGGUACCGCCGGUGCUCGAGUGGCUGAGGUAUUAGGUCGCACGGGCGGAUUCAACGUAGACACUGUGUUCCGCCGUAUGCUCGAAACAACAAUCUACUUCGUCGACGUGACCGAGAAUGUCGACAGUCUCAAGUUCGGCGGCCGCGGCUUUGCCAGCUGCAUGAAGGUGCGUUUUCUACACGGCACAGUACGACAUCGCAUCCUCCAGCUCGCGGCCAAGCGCCCUUCUUACUUUUCUGUCGAAAAGCUCGGCAUCCCUAUCAACGACCUUGACUCGAUCGGCACUAUUGCUGUGAACUGCGCCACCAUCAUCUGGCAGUCACUCCCGCGACAGGGUAUCCAUAUGCGCGAGCAGGAGAUGAUCGACUAUGUGGCCCUGUGGCGUCUCAUCGCUUACUACAUGGGCACACCGACUGACUUCUUCUCCUCGCCAGCCAAGGCGCGUGCUAUCAUGGAGUCACUGUACCUAUACGAGUACAACCCGUCGACCAGGUCGCAGACACACGCUCAGAACAUCAUCGUCGCCAUGAGUGACACGGCGCCUAGCUACGCCAGUAAGCCGUAUCUCGAGGCCACUGCGCGCUGGCUUAACGGCGACCCCCUCGCUGAUGCUCUGGGCAUCGGGCGGCCUAGUAGGUACUACACGGUGCUGGCAGCCGGGCAAUGUGUGCUAUUCAUGAUUGUCUACUAUACCUGUCGCGACAUCCCCGCUCUUGACCGCGCCCAGAUUGCGGCGUUUCGUCGGAAUGUUAGGGACUAUAUCAACAAUCCGGAACUCGGUCUGGAUUACCGCUCUGCCUUCAACUUCAAGUACCUGCCCAACUCCGACGGGUCCAAGCAGCAGGGCAAGGGCAGGAGUCUUGCUAAGGCUAAGAAAAUGGUAUUUUGGACUGCUGACCGUAAGGCGCUUGCUACGCUGUUAAUACUCGUGGGCACUUUAGUGGCUGCAGCCUGGGCGGUUCUUAAUUUUGUCAAGCUUGGAGUCUAUCUCUUUCCUUUUAAAUAUUCUUAUGUGUCUUACUCGUCUUAA